AGUCAGAAUCCAACAUGGCGGCGCUGCAGGAUUGUCAUCUCCGAAGCGUCCAGAAGUAAACAUUGGGGUUUAAUUUUUAAUGUCAUCCCGUUAAAGCAGUGCUCAGGUGGGAAACUUUUAAACCGUAAAACCUUCGUUAUGGGUUCUGGAUAAAAUUCACGGCUCCGAGUGAAAAAGACGAUAUUUAGGAGCCGCGGUAGGAAGGAAGAAAAGAAGAAGAGUCAUCCAACGAAGCAGCGGCCAUGUCUCUAGGCGAGCCCACGUCGGACACAGCGCCGUUCUUCUCCGAUGACAGCGAGGCGGAGGAGCAGGCCGGUCGCGCUGUGGCUCAGCGGCAGCAGGAGGAGUCGCCCAGCGGCGUGUCGAAGGUUCGAGCGCUGCUGACAGUCUCCAUCCUCUGUUACAUCAACCUGCUCAACUACAUGGACCGCUUCACCGUGGCAGGUGUUCUCCCCGACAUCGAGCAGUAUUUUGGGAUCGAUGAUGAGAAGUCAGGUCUGCUGCAAACUGUUUUUAUCUGCAGCUACAUGUUCUUGGCUCCGGUCUUCGGUUACCUCGGUGACCGAUACAACAGGAAGUACAUCAUGAGCUUCGGCAUCACGUUCUGGUCACUGGUGACCCUCGCCAGCUCCUACACCCCCAAAGAGCAUUUCUGGGCUCUGCUGGUGACUCGAGGUCUGGUUGGAGUCGGGGAGGCCAGUUACUCCACCAUCGCUCCCACCAUCAUCGCCGACCUCUACGUGAAGGGGAAGAGGACCAACAUGCUCUCCGUCUUUUACUUCGCCAUCCCCGUCGGCAGCGGUCUCGGAUACAUCGUGGGGUCACAGGUCGGUAACGCAGCGCAGGACUGGCACUGGGCUCUGAGGGUGACGCCGGGUCUGGGUCUGAUCGCGGUGCUGCUGCUGCUCUUCGUGGUCCAGGAGCCUAAAAGAGGAGCCAUCGAAGCUCGACCGGAGCAUCACCUGCAGCAGACCAGCUGGGUGGCCGACCUAAAGGCCCUCAGUAAGAACUACAGCUUCGUGUUGUCCACCUUCGGCUUCACGGCCGUGGCCUUCGUCACCGGCUCUCUGGCUCUUUGGGCUCCGACGUUCCUCUUCAGAGCAGCCGUCUUCACCGAGGAGAGACCUCCAUGUGUGGAGGGGAACUGUGCCUCCUCAGACAGUUUGAUUUUCGGAAUAAUCACCUGUGUGACAGGUGUGCUGGGCGUGGCCAGCGGCGUGCAGAUCAGUCGGUGGCUGAGGACGAGGACGGCCAAAGCCGACCCGCUGGUCUGCGCCGCUGGUCUGCUGCUCUCGGCUCCCUUCCUCUACCUCGCCAUCGUCUUCGCUCAGGCCAGCACCAUCGCCACAUACGUCUUCAUCUUCCUCGGAGAGACAUUCCUCUCCAUGAACUGGGCCAUCGUGGCUGAUAUACUGCUGUACGUCGUCGUUCCGACUCGUCGCUCCACAGCCGAAGCGUUUCAGAUCGUCAUCUCACAUCUAUUGGGAGACGCAGGAAGUCCGUACCUGAUAGGAGUGGUGUCAGACUCCCUGAGGAAGACUGACUCCUUCUUGUGGCAGUUCCGCUCCCUGCAGCUCUCUCUGCUGCUCUGCUCCUUCGUGGCCGUGAUAGGAGGAGGUUUCUUCCUCGCCACCGCCCUCUUCAUCGAGACAGACCGCCAUCGGGCCGAGAACUACGUCCCCACAGACGACGGGCCGAUCGUGGUCCCAAAGAGCGGCCGCUCCACCAGAGUGCCGGUGUCCAGCGUUCUGAUCUGAUCUUAGAUCAGACUCCUUGUCGUUCUUCUUCGUGUUUCAGGACUGUGAACAUCAGUCGGACUGUCUGCCAUGCAGAAAGCUUUAAGACGUGUUUAUUUUUAAAUUCUUCUAGUUAUACUUUUUUAUAAUUUUACCGGGAUCACAGCAACGUCUUGAGGGAAAUUUUUUAUUUUUUAUUUCUGAGGAUUUGUUGUAAAUGUUUUCAGAGCGGACGAUGAGACUCUGAGGAGAACCGACCUGAUCACCUUUAAGCUGAUCUAUAUCUUUCUUAUCUUCUAACCAGGCUGGUCUGGGAUCAGCCAGAGAUCCAUAUGAUUCAUAUCCUCUGUAACCAAAAACCAGGCGUCGUUGUGCUUCAGUCAUUUUAUAUACGAGAAACUUUAUGAUUAUUAUUAUUAUUAUUAUUAUUAUUAAUCAUGUGUUUUAUGUUCAAACCAGUUUUAAUUAAAACACUAAUAUUCUUAUCAGUCGUCCAACAACCAGAAAAUAAAGAUCACAGAAUCUUUUUAUUCAUCUUUUACAAACUUAACAGCUGUUUUUUAACUUCCGUUUCUUUUAGUUUCAAAUGUUUCUGAUGCUCAAAGAGCCGAACCUUUUUUAUUUGAAGCAGUGUUUUUUCUGGUUUUCUGGUUCAGAGCUUCACCAGGUCGACCGAGAGGAGAAGCAUCAGUUUUUCACGCUGCAGAACAUUUUAUGUUAUUUAAAAAAACAAACUAUUUCAAAUGAAUGUUAAUAGUCAAACUCGUUUGUUAACCUCAAACUAUUUUAGCAAAGCUUUUGUGAACUAUUAAAAGAGAAUUAACUUGUACAAUGU